AUGAGGCAGAGGGUCAAAGAAAUGGAGGAAGAAGCGCAAAAACUAAGGCAGUUCACGACUGAAUCUGAGGCACAGUCCGCGGUUCGCGUAGAUCCAACGCCCGCUGGAGCAUCAAAUACCACACAAAUUACCACAUCCCUGUUGGCUGGCGCUGAAGCACCGAAUGAAGAUUCAACAAUGGAGGAGGACCCUGCCAUUGUUGAUGCCCGCAGUGUAUAUGUGGGGAAUGUCGACUACGGAGCCACGCCCGAAGAGAUUCAAGCGCAUUUCCAAAGCUGUGGUAGCAUCAAUAGAAUCACCAUUCUUUGCGACAAGUUCACAGGGCACCCAAAAGGAUUUGCAUACGUGGAAUUUGCUGAUCCCACUUACGUGCUAGCUGCACUGGUCUUGAAUGACUCCACAUUCCGCGGGCGACAAAUCAAAGUCACCGAAAAAAGAACCAACUUGCCUGCGUUUAUGUUGCGAGGACGGGGCCGAGGGAGGGGUACGUAUAGAGGUGGUCGUGGGUACAAUGCGCCUGGAUACUCUCCGUACUAUCGGGGACGAGGAAGGGGGCGUGGACGGGGUUACUGA